GAGCUCAGAGUGUGUGUCCUCGCGCACACGCUUCCACCUAGCAGCCGCGCGUCUUAUUUAAAAGCCUGAUGCCACGAGACGCGCCGAACGGAACCAGCUAGAUAUGAAGAUCCUUGAAAAGAAAACAAGCAACGACGAAGAAAGAGACAGCUGCUGGACUCCAGACGGAUCUGCUGUGAACUCCUCCGCGAUGAGUUCCGAAAAGAGCAAAGUGGAAGAUGAAGCGGUGUUGGAUCGAGGGGCGGCUUUUGUCAAACACAUCUGCGAUGAAGAAGAAGUAGAAGGCCACCACACCGUGUACAUCGGCGUCCACGUCCCUAAGAGCUACCAACGGAGGAGACGCCACAGACGCAAGUCCAACCACAAGGAGAAGCGGGAUCGGGUGGAGCAGAUCACGGAAGUGUACAAGGCGGAUGUGGAGAAUGCCGACGAUUCCAGCACAAACUUCCUCAAACCUCUCAUUUCUCCUGCCGAGAGGAUUCGGUUCAUCCUGGGCGAGGAGGAUGACGGCCCCCCGCCUCCUCAGCUCUUCACUGAGCUGGACGAACUCCUGUGUGUGGAUGGGCAGGAGAUGGAGUGGAAGGAGACGGCCAGAUGGAUCAAAUUUGAGGAGAAGGUGGAGAAAGGUGGCGAGCGAUGGAGUAAGCCUCACGUCGCCACGCUGUCUUUACACAGCUUGAUGGAGCUGAAAUCGUACAUCGAGAAAGGCACAGUCCUGCUGGAUAUAGAGGCCUCCACCCUGCCUCAGGUUGUCGAGAUGGUCACCGACAGCCAGAUCGAGGCCGGAAUGCUAAAAGCGGACCUGAAGGAGAAGGUUGUGUACACGCUGCUGCGGAAACAUCGCCAUCAGACCAAGAAGUCCAACUUGCGUUCGCUUGCUGAUAUUGGCAAAAGUGUUUCCAGCGCAAGUAGGCUAUUUUCAAACCAGGAGAAUGCAUGCUACCCCCUCGAGCACCCCAUGCCUUGUUUAACUCCAAACGACACAGUGGAAUCAUGUGAGGUCAUGAGGAGCUCCAGCAUGGGAUACCUCUGUAGUCCAACUACGACCCACCGGAACCUCACGUCCAACAGCCUGAGUGAUUUCUCUGAUAAACCAGAGAAGGAUCAGCUGAAGAACAAGUUCAUGAAGAAGUUGCCCCGUGAUGCUGAGGCAUCCAAUGUGCUCGUUGGAGAAGUGGAUUUCCUGGAAACCCCCUUUGUUGCUUUUGUUCGUAUGCAGCAGGCCGUCAUGCUGGGGGCGCUCACUGAAGUUCCUCUGCCAACAAGAUUUCUCUUUGUGCUGUUGGGUCCUAAAGGAAUAUCGAAGUCUUAUCGGGAGAUUGGAAGGGCCAUCGCCACACUGAUGUCAGAUGAGGUAUUCCAUGAUAUCGCCUACAAAGCAAAGGACAGGCAGGACCUGCUGGCGGGUAUCGAUGAGUUCCUGGAUGAGGUGAUCGUCCUCCCUCCUGGAGAGUGGGACCCUGACAUCAGGAUAGAGCCGCCUAAAUCCCUGCCUUCUUCAGACAAAAGGAAGAACAUGUAUUCUGGGCUUGAGAUGCCUCAGAUGAACGGGGACACUCCUCAUGAUUCGGGACACGGAGGUGGAGGAGGAGGAGGAGGAGGUGGAGGAGGACACCAAGUUGGAGAGGAGCUUCAGCGCACAAGAAGGUUCUGUGGAGGUCUGAUCCUGGACGUGAAGAGGAAGCUGCCAUUUUUUGCCAGCGACUUUUACGACGCACUCCACAUCCAGUCCCUGUCUGCCAUCUUGUUCAUCUAUCUGGGCACCGUCACCAAUGCCAUCACUUUUGGAGGUCUGCUUGGAGAUGCCACUGAAAACAUGCAGGGAGUGUUGGAGAGUUUCCUGGGCACGGCGCUGACAGGAGCCGUGUUCUGUCUGCUGGCUGGCCAGCCUCUGACCAUCCUCAGCAGCACAGGACCUGUGCUAGUCUUCGAACGGCUUCUCUUCAAUUUCAGCAAGGACAACAGCUUCGACUACCUAGAGUUUCGGCUGUGGAUCGGCCUGUGGUCUGGUUUUCUCUGUCUGGUGCUGGUCGCCACAGACGCCAGCUUCCUGGUGCAGUACUUCACUCGUUUCACAGAGGAAGGCUUCUCGGCACUCAUCAGCUUCAUCUUCAUCUACGAUGCUUUCAAAAAGAUGAUAAAGCUGGCCCACCACAACCCCAUCAACCCUGGGUACAACCUGAACCUCGUCACUCAGUACGACUGCCGCUGCGUGCCAGGCAACUCGUCGGGACUUGUUGAAAGUUCAGCCUGGACAAACAGUACUGAUCUGCCAGAGAACGCCACCUGGGCAUCCCUGAGCAAGGAGGAGUGUCUGGAUAACGGAGGACUGUUGAUCGGCGAGGCUUGUGGCUACGUGCCUGACAUCACCCUAAUGUCCUUCAUCCUGUUCUUUGGGACCUACACCUGCUCCAUGGCUCUAAAGAAGUUCAAAACUAGCCGAUUCUUCCCCACAACAGUGAGGAAGUUGAUCAGUGACUUUGCGAUCAUCUUGACCAUCCUUCUCUUCUGUGGCGUAGACGCCUUUGUGGGUGUGGAGACUCCGAAGCUCAUUGUGCCUAGUGAAUUCAAGCCCACAAGUCCAUUGAGGGGCUGGUUUGUCCCUCCUUUUGGAAGAAACCCAUGGUGGGUGUACUUGGCGGCUGCACUUCCUGCUCUGCUGGUCACUAUUCUGGUAUUCAUGGAUCAGCAGAUCACUGCUGUGAUUGUCAACAGAAAGGAACACAAACUCAAGAAAGGGGCGGGGUAUCACUUGGACUUAUUCUGGGUGGCCGUCCUGCUGAUAAUUUGCUCCUUCAUGGGGCUUCCGUGGUACGUGGCAGCCACGGUCAUCUCCAUCGCCCACAUCGACUCUCUGAAAAUGGAGACGCAGACAUCUGCUCCCGGAGAGCAGCCCAAGUUCCUUGGUGUCAGGGAACAAAGAGUCACUGGCAUCUUCGUCUUCCUCCUGACGGGCCUCUCUGUCUUCAUGGCUCCGAUUCUCAAGUUCAUCCCCAUGCCGGUGCUCUACGGUGUGUUUCUUUAUAUGGGUGUGGCAUCUCUCAAUGGAGUCCAGUUCAUGGAUCGUCUGCUGCUGCUUCUCAUGCCCGCCAAGCACCAACCGGACCUGAUCUACCUGCGCCAUGUACCCCAGAGACGCAUCCACUUCUUCACCUUCAUCCAGGUCAUUUGUUUGGCCCUCCUCUGGAUCCUCAAGUCUACUGUAGCUGCAAUAAUUUUCCCUGUCAUGAUUCUGGCAUUAGUUGCUGUCCGAAAGGCCAUGGACUACCUGUUCUCCCAGCACGACCUCGGCUACCUAGACGAUGUGAUCCCAGAGAAAGAUAAGAAGAAGAAGGAGGAUGAGAAGAAAAAGAAAAACAAGAAGAAGGGAAGCAUCGACAGCGAGAUAGACUUUGACAUCAUUCGCCGACUUUCCUUAACCCCAAUUCACCGUGCUGAGCACUACCUAGAGUCUCCCACCGUCGUUAACAGAGGUCCGUAUCCAUAUGGUUCACCCCGGAUUCGGAUAGAAAGGGAGGGUAACGGUCUCCUCGGGAGGAAGAGCUCUGAAACAGAACUGUGAAAGAAUUCUCCAAAGACGCAGCACAGCAUUGCAAAGAGAGCCACCCUCUUAUUUUUGCACCACAGUGCCGAUUCCUAACGGUGUUUUGAUCGUUAUGCAAGAGGAAACUAAAGUCCCAAGUUGCUGGAUGCUUUUCUGACUUUGAAGGUACCAGAUUUGAACAAGGUCUGUUUCCUCAUCUGACUCGUUUCUUACAGAAAACCAAAGGGCCACCAGAGGUGAUGUGAAUUCAGUGUUGAUGGGACAGCAGUAUCUGAUUAUUGCCUGUUAAUUAAUCUGCUGGUAAUCUUAGUUAAUUCAAUCAUGAAAGAUGUCUAGGACAUCCAGCUGCUGCAGUUUUCCUGUCUGUACAUAUCACACCAAUUCUUACUGGUUAGGAGUUUAAAUCAAAACUACCGUAAUCCUUAAACUGAGGAUCCUUCUCAUGUGAAUCACAUACAUGUUUAGAACAAAGAGGAUUUGAAUGGUAAUCUAUGAACAAAUAUUCCAGAGUUUCACCCUCUAUUCAUGGAUAUGACCAUUUUCAUCAAGUAUUCACCUCAUUUUUUAUUCCUCCUUAGAUGAUGCUGAAGUCAUGUCUUUAAUCUCUCUUUUGCUUUCUUUUGUAUUUAUUAUAUUUAAACCUGGAGCUAAUUGUCCUGCUGGCUAGAGUUUAUUUAAGGCUUUAACAUUGAUUUUAUUUUUUAAACACGUCUUCCUGUAGUUUGUUUCCACUCUUUUCCCUGAUUUGGGGAGUUGGAGGUGAAUAACUUUCUGUAGCUCUACCUCUUUUACCUUCUGUAGGUGCUAGGCAUUAAAAACAAAUUUCUUAAGGAAUGAUUUGUGAUCAAAUUGUUUUUUAUUAAUAUUUUUCUCCCCACUGGCACUAGAUGGAUGUCUGCACUAGGAUGUUGGAAUAUUUUAUUUUCCUUUUUAAAAACUUUGUUGUUAUAAAAAAUGUAAAAUUGGAUUAAUUUAAAAGUACUUCUGCCUCACUUUAAAAAUCUAAUCUAAGCAACUAAAAGUGACAGCAAUUUAUAAGAACACUGUUUUUCUUCAUAUUUAAAAUGUAGAAAUAUAUUAUUUUAAUCUGACAAUCAAUUGAAUCCUUUUAUGUUUUGCAGAUGGAUUUUAUUUUAAAACAUAUUCUUAUCCAGACGCUGGUGAUUUGAUUAAUAUUUAAUCUUUUGGUUAUUUUUCUUUUUAAGUUAUAUAUAUGUAUUUUUUUAUUGCAGAUAAGAAAAAUCAUUGAAAUGUGAUUUACUGUGGAACAAUAUAUUUUUUUUAGCACAACGUAUAAAACUGAUUGUAGUUUUACUUUAAAACUGACAAAUGCAUAAUUUAGCAGCUAAUUUUAUUUCCAUACAUAAUUCAGAUGGGUUGAUCAUGUUUGUUCUUUAAAAAGCACUCUGGUACUGGAAUAAGCCAGCUGAUGUCCGAUAUCAAUGUAUGUUUGAUUGCAGGAAGUCCCAUGACGAAGCUGGGCAAAAUUUAGUAAAGUUAACGAGUGUUAAAAUGGCUUUGACCCAAAACCACACUGUCUUCCACUUUACUCUGUAAUCUGUACAUCUCAAACUUUCCUGUUCCAUUUUUUGUUUUAUUCAUGUGAUUCUGUUUCUCUGCAUUGAGUUUUAUACCGUCAUCCUAUGUGUUCAAACAACCGAAGGUAAUUCAAAAGGAAAAUAAAGUCAGUGUUUUUCUAUGAAGUAGUGUUUAAAAUGAGAGUAAUAAAAGAAAAAUCAAAAGAUUCAUUAA